CGGGAAGUAGCGAGCAGAAUUUCGUACCCGUUUAAGUUUCCCAUCUAGGGAAAGGGAAUAAACGACCCUCUUCGCCCCUGAAAUAACAUCCAGCUGCCAUUGAAAUGAACAGGUGUGCGCUCAGAGGGCGGGAUUUGGCGCUUGCAAUUGCUGGAACUACUUCUUUCCACGGGUUGCUACGCCCCUUUAGGGCUGGGCACAGAUUGGUGUUGGUAUUAGGAGAUCUGCACAUCCCACACCGGUGCAACAGUUUGCCAGCUAAAUUCAAAAAACUCCUGGUGCCAGGAAAAAUUCAGCACAUUCUCUGCACAGGAAACCUUUGCACCAAAGAGAGUUAUGACUAUCUGAAGACUCUGGCUGGUGAUGUUCAUAUUGUGAGAGGAGACUUCGAUGAGAAUCUGAAUUAUCCAGAACAGAAAGUUGUGACUGUUGGACAGUUCAAAAUUGGUCUGAUCCAUGGACAUCAAGUUAUUCCAUGGGGAGAUAUGGCCAGCUUAGCCCUGUUGCAGAGGCAGUUUGAUGUGGACAUUCUUAUCUCGGGACACACACACAAAUUUGAAGCAUUUGAGCAUGAAAAUAAAUUCUACAUUAAUCCAGGUUCUGCCACUGGGGCAUAUAAUGCCUUGGAAACAAACAUUAUUCCAUCAUUUGUGUUGAUGGAUAUCCAGGCUUCUACAGUGGUCACCUAUGUGUAUCAGCUAAUUGGAGAUGAUGUGAAAGUAGAACGAAUUGAAUACAAAAAAUCUUAAAGCCAGGCCUGUCUUGAUGAUUUUUUUUUUUCAUUGUCCUAUUGAAAUCAAGUAAUUAAACAUUUAAGAGCCACAAAAUUGUAUCACUUUUAUAAUAUUUUGCAGUAAAAUAUAAUACCAUCUUCUCUGUUAAUACAUAAUUGCUCUAAGCUUCCUGUAAACUAUAAGAAUAUAUUUAGUUUACAGUAUAUGGAUUCUGUGAAAAAAUGUCCACAACACAGUAAUUGGUCACUUGUUAAGAAAAAUUUAUCCUUGUAAAUAUCUUCAAAGUUGAUAUUUGGAACUUUAUUCCAAAAGUAGUGCAUGUGGAGAAAGAAUCUAGACUAUCUUGUAUACAUUUUUCUCUUCUCUAGUAAUAAACAAUUACCUUUCAUUUAUACUUUCUUGAUAACCUGUAUUUAAUUUUAAAAAACAUAAAAAUGAGGAACCAAGUGAAACUACGCAUAUAAAUAUUAAAGUGAAGUGGACGAGAUGACCUUUCAGAGCUCUUAUAUUGUGUCAUAAUGUUGGACUCAGAUUUUAUUUGCUAAAUAAUAUACCAUAUUGACAUUAAAUUAACAGUGAUUCUUCAAA